AUGACAUCAAAACUAGAUAUAAACCCACAGAAAAAUGAUAAUGACUCACUCAUACAAUAUGCUCUGACAUCGGAUGAUUAUCUGGACCAAUUUGUGCCAAUAAUAAAAGCUGAAUUGGCGAACAAAGAGUCUUUGGAGGAUUUGAUAUCGAGACUUGAUUCCGCGUACAAAGAAAAAGAAGACACCCUUGAAGGAGCUUCCUUUACUUCAAUAGACAAGCUGACUAGCUCAAUCGAAAACAUAUCCGAAGUAUCAAAAUCUUCCGGGCAAAUCGGUCAAGAGAUUGCGUCCAUAAAUGGCCAGCUUAGAAAGACAGGGUUGGAUUAUCUGGAUAAGAAGAAAACCGCCCUCAAAUACAAGCGACUCCAUAACAAGAUAUCAGAGACUACAUUGACAAUUAACUUGUGCCUGGAUAUGCUUGAUAAAACAAACAAAGUCUUUGAAUUGUUUCACAACAAAAGCUAUUAUAAAGCUUUGAUCAACUUGAAUUUGCUUAUGAAAAGUCGGUCUGAAGACAUCGAAAUGUUUGAAUUCACUCAAAAAAUUCAUAACUCGCUUCCGACAAUCAAACAGCUUAUUAUCGAUGAGACAUUCAACCAGCUAAUAAGAUGGUUCAACGUCAGCUUUGAAAAAAAUCUUACAGCAAUCGGAGAACAAAUGUUCGAGCAUUUUGAGAAGCUGAAUCAAGCAUGGGCUGAACAACAGCAGCAGGAUGAAAGUUUGCUUCCGUUCAAGGUAAACACGCCUUUGGAAAGGGCUUUCAGAGAUGACGAGCUCAAAUCUUUCAACCCCCUCUCAAAUGACAAGAUUCAGAUUGAUCUUGGUCCAAUUUAUCAUUCUAUAAUGGUGUUCGAGCUGAUCGAUGAAUUUGAUAGACUCAAAGAUGACUUUUCCAACGAACUGCUUCGUAAGCGUGAUCGACUGAUCUACCCUAUAAGAGAGGCACUCGCGACUCGAAAACUGGACAUGUUUUCCAACAACGAGUCUCUGAAAAUUGUCAUUUACUCGCUCGCUGCCUUUUUCGUGACUGACAGAAUGAUUGCAGCCAAAACGGAAUAUCAAUUGAGAAACAAAAAGCAAACCGAUGAUUUGUUUAGUUCUGUCAUCACAAAAUUCAUUCCAGUGCUAAAGAGACACAUUGAGAAAUAUCAUGACGACUUUCAAAACUUGAAGGAACUGAACGAAAUAAUUGGCGUCUUUGUCCAAAUCCUGGAAAAUUAUGAGUUCAAUGUGGAAGCACUCUAUGAAGUACUUAUUACGCUAUUCCAACAAUACAUCAGUACUCUUACAAAAGAUUUUGAGCUUGAUUAUCAAAACCUGUCUCUUGAGGAAAACCCACAGCCUAUCACUAUCGAGAAUAAGACACAAUUGAAUAAUGUUCAGGCAAACUGUUUCCACAAAUUUAAAGAUACCAUAACAGAGUUCCCAGUUGUUCUUCCGUUCUCGAUAAUCUAUGUGGCUACUUGUUUAAAAAUGAGAGUGUUUAUUCAUGAUAUUUACGACUUCGUUGGAAAGUAUUAUGUGCAUCAAAAUUCGGAGAUCUUGAAGCUUAUUGGCAAAUCUGUGGAUCACGUUCUCAUAAAUAUCGUGUUGAAGGAUCUCAAAACGAAAAUCGAUUCUUCAUAUAAAGAAGAGGUGUCCCAGAACCUCAUUAAUCUAGAGUUCUUUUCCAGGUCCGUGAUUGAAAUCGAAAAUUAUUUGAACUACUCCAGCGAUCCCACCAUCGCGAGAUGCAGGUCAUCAUCGCUAUUAACUCGCUUAAGGUCUCAGAAAGAGUUUCAAGCAAUACAGUCUAAAGCGGAAGAAGGAAUGUUCGAUAUGGUGGACUCCAAAAUUGAUAUGCUGUUUGAUAUGGUCGAUUUUGAUUGGGAAUCCAAGGAAGUCAAUGAGGAGCCUAGCAUUGGUAUCAAAGAUAUGGGGCUGUUCUUGGAAAACAUAUUCAUGCUUGACUUCUCGCAUCUUCCCUACACAAUCAAAUCUCUGUUGCUGAUUAGAACAUUUGACAAAAUUGUCAACUUCUUUAAACAAUCGAUCUAUCAAACUGAUUUUAUCACAAACGAAAGUAUAAUGAAUUUUGAGACGGAUAUCAAGUAUAUUGAAUCUAUUAUUCCUGGUCUCAAGCAACAGAAAACAUCGACGCGGCACCUGACGGCUGACUCGGAUACUUCCAACUCGACUUUCCAAACUAUAUUUGCUGGUUUAACACAAAUCAUAGACCUUUUGAAAGACGGAAAUCUAGAAGCUUACAAAGAUGAGACUACACGAAUGCGUAAAUUCAAUACCAUUUUGCCAGAAGAAGCGAUCGAGUUAAUUCAGAAACUUGAAAACUAUCAGGUGCUGAAACGCGAGAUGUCAGAACCAGAGCAACAAGAACACGUUGAUCCCAAUAGUGGGUCAAAUGGAGAUUCCGCACGGUCAAUGUUUGGCUUCAAGAGGUCGAAUACCACCGCAUCUUUUACAUCUCCUUCAAAAAUGUCAAUGUUCAAAAGACAGAUUUCCUAA